CUCCAAGUGGCAAACGACCAUUUGUGUGGAGCAAACGUUAAUUUUUGUUAUAUUUUUACACAAUUAACAAUGUAAUAGUAAUGGGAAUAAUAAUGGCUUGGAAUACUUUAUUUAAUUUUUUAGUAAUAUAUAUGGUUGGCGAGUUGAGUGUUCGGACGCUAAGCAGGUGUUUGUAAAUAUCAACAUGGCUUCCAGCUUCUACCAUUCUAUGGUACCUCAGCCUACUUUUGUACCUCCUGCUCAGAAUGCUGUAAUACAAGACCUACCAAAGGAAAAGAAAAAGAGAACAAGGAACCCAGAAAACUGGAAAAAGGAAAAGAGGAAACGUGCAAUAUUAUCCGGACAGGCGUACGUGAACACUAAGGGGGAGUUGGUGGGGCCUCGCGCUAUAGGCCCAGACUGUAACUGUAAAAAUAAGUGUUUUAUCGCAGUGUCCGACGAAAAUCGUAGUGCUAUAUUCAAUGGAUAUUACUCCCUGAAUAGUUAUGAUGAGCAGAAUGCUUAUCUCUAUGGGCUCAUUCGUCGCCAUGACAUACAACGUAAGCGCAAACCGGUUUCAGAAAGAAGAACGUGUUCCUAUAAGUACUAUAUUCGUAUUAAAGGAAAGGAGAUUCAGGUAUGCAAGAAGGCCUUUGCUAACAUUCAUGGGAUAUCGGAUAAGAAAAUCAGAACAUUGUGUAUCAAACAUGAACAGAAUAUUUUGUUUCCAAGAGACAAUAGAGGAAGACAUCGGAAUCGCCCCAAAAAGGUAACGCCUGAAUUGGUAACUCUGAUCAAGCAUCAUAUUCUAAAAAUGCUCUCGGGGCCGAAUGGUAGCGAUUACAUUAAAACAGAUAAGAAUCAAGGGCCAGAUGUCAAUAUAUCAAAACUCCACAAGAGUUUCCUUCAGCAGUAUGAACCUGAAGCAAUUGACCCUGGAACUGAUAAAGUCAUCAAAGAUUAUGAUGCCAAGGUUAAAUCAUGGCUCUAUUUUAAAGUAUUCCAUGAAGAAUUUAAGUCAAUGGACUUCAACACAGUAAAGCGGAAGCUGUCUGACCUGCGGAAAAGUUUGGAAGCAUCUGGAGCUCUGCAGGUUACCAAGAAAAAGCCUACCAAACAGUCACGUCCACGACCACGUCCACAAGAGAAUCAUGUUGCACGCAAUAACACGGCUAAUGAUGCUUCUACCUCAUCUUUAGGUGUAGCAGUGUCAGCUGCACCUGCUACACAAAUGGGAGGUUAUAUGGGGAGUCAGCAGCCACCGCCUCUUCCUCCAAAUCUCCAGUUGAGUGUGCUUGGUCUCCAACACUUGGGAAAUAAUGCUCAUGCAGGAGCAGCUUUCAACCCAGCAGCAGCUCAGCAACCUCAACAACAGCCACUAAAUCUCCAAACUGGCGGCGGACAAGGUGGGGAACAGCCUCAACCUCUGCCACUUAAUCUACACUCCAUGGGCGGUCACAUGCCUUCCUACUACCUCUCUCUAGGUCAUAUGUCAAACCUUAUAUCACUUCCAGUGUCGUCUGGAGGAGGGGUACAACCUGGAAAUGCGCAGUCUGGUAACUUUCCAGCUCAGCAUAACAUGCAGCAAUUUAAUCCAAGUGCUAUCAUACCUACCCAUACGGUUGCACAAACUACUCCGGGAGGUCAGCCACACUUACUUCAAGGUGGUGUUGGAGUUACAUAUGCAGGCCCACAACAUAACCACACCAUGUAUUAACUAUUUUAACUUAUAACAUUAGGAUUAUAAUUGAGUAAUCCAUUAAAAAUGCCAAAUAAUGUGUUGUGUACAUGGGUGUAAAUUUGCUUGUACUGUAUUCAGAUACAGUUGCAUUACAUACUAUUUCAGUUGUGUCCAGAUAAUUUUAAAUAUAGUUGAGGUGCUGAUAUUGGAAUGAAAGUGAGGCUAGAUAUAUAUUUUUGGGUCCCUACUUGAUAUAAAUGACAGUAGUAUAGGCCUGCAUACUGUACAAUAAUAGUGUAUGUGGGUGUAAACCCUUUGUAAGACCCCAUAAUAGUAAGGAAACAAUGGCUGUGCUAGAGUAGCUGAUCAGGCACUUUCUCAGUGAAGAUCAUUUAUCCUAGAUUUAGAUUAAUAUAAUUAAUACCAUGGUCACAUUCAUAUUGUGGUUCACCAAAAUUAUACUCACUCCUGGGACCAUUUCCUGGAGUAUUAGAUACAAAAGUAUUCUCACUUUAGGUUCCAUUUCUCAGAGCUCCUAGCUGGAAACUAUCAUGAACAGUACAUCAAUCUUUAAUUUACUAUUGUGUAUGAGACAUGUAUCGAUUAAAAAGUCUUGCAUUCCAGUGACAUGUUAGCACAUCAUCUGUUUUUACUUUAACCAUGAUACUUUAAUGCAUCAUCCAGUCCAAAAUACCAUUCAGUCCACUGUAUCAACUUGCAGUACUCGUCUAAAUUCCACACAAUUGGAUAUUUGGGUUAUCUGGCCAAAAUUACGUCAGAAUAUUUCUCUGGCGAAACUUCGCCACAUGAGAAUAGCAAUCUGGGUAACCAGAGGUUUGCCCGGAUAUUGCAGACUGGUAUAGAUUCUAAAUCAAGUCCAGAUAACCUUGUCCUAUCUGACUCGCAGAGCAGAACUGCCGUGCCCCGCUUGAUCUCUACUUUAAAAUCCACAUUUGGUCACGUGUCCUUUGACCCUCCAGACAACAACCCCGCAACCCCUGAAAAGUCUUUGCCCCAAAGACUUUUCACUAUCACUUUGCCCCCACUGGAAAUUCCUAUUAGUUUCCUCCUCCUGACUGUACAUAAUUUGCUAGCACUCAGAUGAUACUGACAUCUGUGGUCCAAGAUAUCUUGAUAAAAACAGCUCUAAACCAAGACCCAUUCAUACACUCAAACACCUCUGUUGCCCCAUAUAUACUUUAGACUUGCCCCAUAUUUUUCAACAUACAGUAUAAUAAAAAAUCAAUGUUCUAUGCCUGUAAAGUGUUUGGCAAACCAUGGAAUGAUUUUAAACUUAAAUGUAUUGCACUACCAUCUAUUGAUGGCUCAGCUCACCAAUUGUGCUUCACUUUCAAAAUUUAUUGAAUAUACAGUAUACUACAUAUAAUAGUACAGUAUUAUGUACAAACAAAAUUAUGUACAUAAAUAACUAAGCAAUGUAAAAAUAUAUAAAAACUUAAAAUUCAGUACUGUAGUGUGCAAUACACCUAUUUAUCAAAUUUGUUUUAUACCUACAGCAUACUAAAGAAUACAGUACAGUAUUAUACUUACAGUAUACAAAUACUGUACUUUUAUUAUACUCAGUACCUAAAAUUGGCAUAGGCUUCAUAUAUACUGCACUGCCUUAUGCUUCACUUUCACAAUACAUUUCUCCACUGAUCAAUAUUUUACUAUUAAACUUUGCAACUGUGCAUGUUCUGGGACAUUUACUUUUCGUGUGCCAUCAUUUGUCGAUUUUCAGGAUGGUUAGAAAUUUCUCUCUCACUGAUACUUUUAAGUCUGUUAUCCCUCAAUAAAAUUCUUAUUGAAUCCGAUGCUUUUGACAUAACUCGUCUUGUGUUCUUUUGCUUUUGGUAUUAGCAUUUUGAAUAUGUAUGACUGGUUUUUAUUUUAUUUUUUUACCAUUCUGUGCCACAGAUGGUGCUUAACCCCUACACUGCACACAUGUUUUAUAUGACAAUUCCAUGCUGUGCAAGAAAAAUAUUAAAAUUUUCUCUUUCAAAAUAGUUAAAAUGCAUUCCUGAUGAGAAAAUUAAAAAUAUAAAUUAUGUAGCUUAUUUUGGCUGUGGUGGAGAGAUGAAAUCUCACAAUGAUGUCAGUGAUUUUCAAAUGGUCAUGUAGCAGACGCCAAGAGAAGGUCGGUUGCCCAGGCCCGACACGUGAGUGGAGCCAAAGCAAAUUUUAUUUAUUUAUUUAUAUAUAUACAAGAAGGUACAUUGGGAUUGUGAGGAUACAUAGCAUAGUAAUUACAUUCUUGUAAAGCCACUAGUACGCGCAGCAUUUCGGGCAAAAAUAUAUAUUGAUUUGUUUUACACUGGUUUUUUACAAUUACAUUAUGCAACAGUGUUAUUUGAGAAAUCACACUAUUGUAUAAUGUAAUAAGGAAUAUUUAUAAUAAUGUGUGUAAAAACAAAGACACAAAAUUACAAUACAUUCAUGUCACUAAUAUGCGAGAAAUAUUAUAUUCAUUGAACACAAACUUUUUUCUAUUAUUACACUGUACACACAUUAUAUAUAACUACAUGUUUAUGAACUGUUACAAACCACUAAGCAGUUCUGGUAGGUGUGAUGAUCUAGCAACCAGUAAUCGGUACGCACAAAUUUGUUUUUGUCACCAAUAUGUGCACCACGAUAUAAUAAUGAAACAAUAAAACAUACCGUUUUGCCGUUAUCACACUGUAUUCAAUUCUUAUACAUAAAUACUAAGCAGUUCUGGUGGGUGUGAUAAUCUCGUUAUCAGUAAUCCAAGCCCCACACUCGUAAAGUACCAACAGCAAGCACAUGUUGAAGCAAAGUGCCACCUGAUAUACUUUGCACACCUCUAGCACUAGCCUAAACACUGCUAUAAUUAUCAGAAACUUGGUCACUAAAUCCUGAAUAUGAAAAUUUUUUCACAAGUUUAUUUUCUAAAGGAACACAAGGUCCCACUUUAAGAUUCUUGUGCUGUGAACAGUGGCACCUGCAUCGGGUUCACCGAUAUCCAAACCUUGUACAUAAUGUAGUUUAUCAUUAUCAGGCUGUAUAACACUAUAUUGUUAAAUUACUGCAAUUAUUUAUUUCAUCAUUAAGUGAUGCUAUGGACAUGACCUAAAUGGUAGUGCUAUGAGUUGCUAUUUUAUGUGAUCCUCAGGAGGGGUGCCCACAAUUUUCUCCAAGAUUGCUUCUGUUUACUGGAGGCCUGGGGGAAGUGAAUGUGACCCCCAUCAUGGGGGGCUCAUGGAAGUUUCAAAUAUUUUUUUUGUAUCUAAAAUCAUCUUGGGAUGUGAUGCGCACUACUAGCAAAACAUCCCUGGAUGUUAAUACUUGGUUGAGGGGUUAAAAGUCUUCCAGGCUUUGUGCCUUCUUUGGAUAAUUACAACUGUUCCUUUGAGUCAAUUCUCUCUCAAUAAAGUCUUCUGUGAAUCUGCCUCUUUUGAUAAACUAUACUCACAAAAGAGCUGGCAUCCUGAACAGAUUACUGAACUGUACUCUUCAGUUUAAAAAAAUAUCGAAUAAAUAUUAAUUGUUUAUUCUCUCUAUUUAUGAAGAUCAAUCAUUAAAUGUAGUUUAUAAACACAGUGGUCAUCACAUAUCCAUUUUGCAAUUAUUUAUUUAUUUUUUAUUAUUUUUAAGACAAUUCAUUUUCUGAAAUGUGAGACUAAAAUCAAAGUUCUAACCCUGUAAGGGGACUCAGAAAUAGAAAAUGUGUGCAAAUACAUGCAUUGCUGAGUGAGGGGGCCGAACAGGCUGGUUCACUCAGGAUAACAAAAUGAGGCUGUAACCCCCCCCCUGAAUGCAAAAGUUUUAAAUCACUGGUUUCUAAUUAAAAUAUAAUAUAUCCUUAUUUUGUAAUAAUGAUUUUGGCAUCUAUCUUGUUUGAAUAAUGAAAGUUCUAGUGUACAGUAUCAUGAUUUUGUAUUUAUUAUCAAGUUAAUGUGUACUUCGAGUGUUUUCUCUCCAUGCAUCAGUGUGGAUGCAUGGAGGAAAAUGCAUGGCUUUAUGAGUUGAUGCAUUAGUUGUAUGCAUCAACCCAUAAAGCACCCAUUGAAGCAGAAUCCAUGGCAUGCAAGUACAGUACAGUAUUGGCAGAGAGCUGCCACUGGACAAAAAAAAAAAGAUGCAUCCCUGGUCAUGUAAAUAAUCCCCAAAGGAUCUCUCUGGAGGCCUGCCGACUCCUGUGCCAAAAAAGCAGAAGGCUGCAGACUAAGAAAAUACUUGCUUGGGUUAAAAGUGCCGAACCCUUGCCUUUGGAGGGCAUGAAGCUCCCCAGCCCAAUAGCAAGGGCCAACAAAAACACCACCUUAAGUCUUUCCCUGGCCACAGUGGAAGAUUACCACUUUUCUCCCCUAGGUAAAAGAAAAGAAAAUCCAGGACUGUCAAGUGAUGAGGACAGCUCAGUAGCAUGUACAGGCCGGAGGCAGAAAAAUGCCCGAGACAACUUGAGAAAUGGCACCGAACAUCAAUGCUGAAUGCAACAGUGGCUCUGCCAAAGUUAAAUGACACAAGGUGACAGUAUUGGGAAUGAGAUGCCAAUAAAAAAACUACACAAAAAAAGGACAACACAAAUGAAACAGACAAAGGAAAGGUGGCAGGAUAUAAAAAAGGAUAAAAACUCCUAACUACUUCAUACUGCUUCACUGAAGAUACACAGGUGGAAAACCACUUGCUUUGUCGACACUAACAGUUUCAAAAGACAAACAUUCAUAAGUCUUUCUUUCGAUUUGUAUGGAGAGUUGUUUGGCAAUUUCGAAGGUUUGUGUUCUGUGAAAGUUGUGACGUUUUGCCGACUUUCUGGAUACUUUCUGGUGGGGUGGCAGAAUGUCACUUGCUCUGUGCACCACUGUGAGGGUGGGGGUGGGGGGUGGGGGGGCAAGGUUCCGGCUCUGGUUUUCAGUAGGCCAAACAAAACUACGACCGAUUUGAUCUGAUAGUUAAAAGCAAUCGCAGUGAGGUAGAUUCAAGAAGCCACAGGAACUCCCCCUUCCUCCAAAAAAUAAGCCAGUCAAGUGAUUUAAGCAUGUUGAGACCAGAUGAUGAUAGCUUGAUGUGAAAAACAAAAUAGAAGUAGGUAGGGUAAAGGAGAGGAGACUGAAAAUGACAGUGUAGUAGAAAUAUUAUGAUAUAGCAUGUGGGUGAAAAUUGGUGUCAGUAAGGUUGUGUUUAAUUUUAAAAUGACAAUGCCUGAAGGAGACCUUGCUGUUUAUUAUAUAAAGGUAUUUUGGAUACAAGUGCAGUAGAUAGUUAAUAACCUAAAGGUAAUGAAGGUUAACUAAAUAGGAUGAAUAUUUGUAAUUAGAAUUUUUAAUGUGAACCCAAUAUGCUUUGUGGUGGAACUCUUAAGAACUUCAACCGUAAUAUACAGCAAUUUUUCACACAGUGCCACAAAUAAUUUAGAUAUUGUACUAAUUAGUUGAUUUUACUAUCUUAUUUAUCUAUUAUACAUUAUUUUGUUAUCCAAAACAUUUUAAUGGUAGGGCAUUAAAUUAUGUGGUUUGUGUCUACACAUAUUUAUUGAUAAGAAAAUAAUAUUGUUUUGUUAACAAGGAUUGUGUAUAAUUAGCUUGAGGUUUUGAUCAAUAGUUUGAAGGGGCCAGUAGAUAGUUUUUUUUUAAAUUGUUCGAUUUCAAUCAAACUUUUUUGAUGAGUUGUAUAUAAAAAGGGUUUCAUCUGGUCCAAGUCUCAGCAUCAUAGCAUAAAUAGGAAAGGAGAAAAAAAUAUUGAAUUAGGUGUCAAAAAUUUUCCAAAAUGGUCAAAAACAAUUAUCAAACACAAGUGUCAACUGAAAUCAUGUCUAUGACUCUCGGCUAUCACAAUAGCAUAUACAGUAUUAAAAAAAACUAUAUAUAAUUAGUUCUCUUAUCUUUUUUUUCUUAUUUGUUUUUUUUUUCUUAUUUGUUUAUAGAACGACUUGCAUGAAACUUGUACACCUGACUGCACGUAAGCCUAUGUGUAAGGGUGCCAAUUUUGGAGGAAAUUGGUUGAUGUCAACCUCAGCCACAGAUGGCAGCACCUUAGACUAUUAUUUACUUAUUUAUUUCCAAGUAACAAACAUUCAUAUAUCCCUUUCAUUUUUUAUUCAAUUUACAUGAAACUUACACCUUAUAAAGUUUAUGUCUCUAAAAUCUGGGGCCAGCCUUUUUUCCCCAAGCUCAUUUAUUGAUUUUAUAAUAGCAAUAAACAUGUUACAUUUGCAUAUUUUUUUGCGAGGAAUUUUGACUAUUUGUAUUAGGAAAACUAAACAUGCUUUGGAAAAUCCCCAGCCUCAGAUACUUUAUUAUAUGCUAAUGUGUCAGAAAAGUGUCAUAGAAUGAUUAUAUCUGAAACGUGUGGUUGUACCAGCUCACUUGAAAAUGUGUAAUAUGCGUUGAAAAAAAAAAAAAAAAUAAAUCUCCCUUUCUAUUUAGGCUGCAGUACUGAAACUUGGAACAAUUGCAGCCCUUUUCAUAUACAACCAGUCAAAAAAUAUUGGUUGACAUUGAACAACUUUUAAAAACUAAUCUAUUGGCCUCUUGAAGUGCUUCAUGUAAAAAAUCUGUCCAUCAGUAACAUUACUUGGCUAAACCUCAAAUUGUUCCUGCAAAUAUUUUGCUCAUCAUUUUUGUACACUAGUAUUGAUAAAAAUGUUGUGAAUGAAGAUGAAAAUCAAGUAAAAUGAUUGGUUGACAAGAUUACAGUGCGGCCAAUAGUGCAGAGAAAUGCCAAAAUUAGCAUAGACUUUGUAAAUAAUGUUUUGUCUAUCUGGGUUUUAUCAAUAGUCUCUCAUCAUCUUGCUACAACUUUUCAAGUAUAGUAACAUGAUGUUGAAGCAUUUAAUUCUCUAGCACCGAGCCCUAGUGGUCUGUUUGAUAUUUCAUGUAAAUUAAAAAAAGAAGUUAUCUUUGUAUUCUGUUGCAUUAAAUUAUUUAUGGAAAUAAGGUUAAUAAACAUUCAGGUUUAAUAUGUGUUAAAAUAAGUAGGUAAUAAUGUAAAGGUCUGAAUAAAAGGUUUCUACUUACUCCUGAGAAGUUUCACACAUCAACUAA